AUGAACCUACAACAGAAGUGCGUGCUCGCUUUCUUUGUUCGCUUCCACCAUUUAAAUGUGUUCAAGAAAUUGUCGAAAGUUAAGGACUAUGCGGUUAAACUAGUGAGUAUGAUGUGGCGUGUGGUGUCGCUGGCGCUGGUGCUGGCGGGCGCGGAGGCUCUCCAGCCGCGCUGCGAGGAGAUCACCAUCCCCAUGUGUCGGGGCAUCGGAUACAACCUGACCUCCUUCCCUAAUGCUCUCGAUCACGAUACACAGGAUGAAGCUGGCCUAGAGGUCCAUCAAUAUUGGCCGCUGGUCGAGAUCAAGUGUUCGGCCGACCUGAAGUUCUUCCUGUGCUCCGUGUAUACUCCGAUAUGUAUAGAAGACUACGCCAAGCCUCUGCCGGCAUGUCGCAGUGUGUGUGAGCGUGCGCGGGCGGGCUGCGCGCCUCUCAUGCAGAAGUACGGCUUCCAGUGGCCCGAGAGGAUGGCGUGCGAGAAGUUACCGCGACUGGGGGACUCCGAGCACCUGUGUAUGGAGGAACCGGACCGCGCCCAGGAACCCGAGCCGCCGCGUCCUCCGCCGCGCCGUCCCUACAAAAACUGCAAGGAUCCAAAAAACUGCGAAAGCGGCCCGGCUGCGAGCCCGGGCGAGGCGGGCGGCGACGAGUGCGCGUGCGCAUGCCGGCCGCCCCUCGUCAGCGUGCGCGCGCUGCACAACGCCAGCGCCACGGCGGCCGGCGUGCCCGGCUGCGCGCUGCCGUGCCGCGGGGCCUUCUUCACAAGGGAGGAGAAGGAGUUCGCGGCCGUGUGGGUCGCGCUAUGGGGGGGACUGUGCGCCGCCUCCACGCUCAUGACGCUCACCACCUUCCUCAUUGACUCGCAGCGGUUCAAGUACCCCGAGCGGCCCAUCGUGUACCUGUCCGCCUGCUACUUCAUGGUGGCGCUCGGCUACCUGGCGCGGCUCGUCAUCGGUCACGAGGAGGUGGCCUGUGACGGCGCCCUCCUCAAGACCUCCUCCAACGGCCCCAGCGCCUGCACGCUCGUGUUCAUCCUGGUCUACUUCUUCGGCAUGGCGUCUUCUAUCUGGUGGGUGGUGUUGUCGUUCGCGUGGUUCCUGGCGGCGGGCCUCAAGUGGGGGAACGAGGCGAUCGCCGGUCACGCUCAGUACUACCACCUGGCGGCGUGGCUGGUGCCGGCCGCUAAGACCGUGCUGGUGCUGCUGGCGGGCGCCGUGGACGGGGACCCGGUGGCCGGCGUGUGCUACGUCGGGAACACCUCCUCCGAGAACCUCAAGAAGUACGUGCUGGCGCCGCUCGUGGUGUACUUCGCUCUCGGCGCCACGUUCCUGUUGGCCGGCUUCGUGUCUCUGUUCCGCAUCCGCUCCGUCAUCAAGCGCCAGGGCGGCAUCGGCGCCGGCUCGAAGGCCGACAAACUCGAGAAACUGAUGAUCCGUAUCGGCGUGUUCAGCGUGCUGUACGCGGUGCCGGCCGGCGUCGUGAUAGGCUGCCUGGCCUACGAGGCGGAGGGGCGCGAGGCCUGGCUGCGGCGCGUGGCGUGCGGCGCGGCGUGCGGCCCGCGGCCCCUGUACUCGGCGCUCAUGCUCAAGUACUUCAUGGCGCUGGCGGUGGGCAUCACGUCCGGGGUCUGGAUCUGGUCCGGCAAGACGCUGGAGUCGUGGCGCCGAGUGUGGCGCGGAGGUAGGGCUCCUCCCCCCGCACACCGCGCGCUCGUGAAGGGCGCCGUGUGA